CUCCAUACGUCUCGUAUCUCAUUCCCGAUUCCAUUUUUGCCAUGUCGGUGGAUAAGACCAUCUCAAUUGUAUCCACAACAUCUCGUGGGUCAUCUGUCAUUGAAGAGAGUUACACGGUGGUGAGGAGUCUGGGUUCCGGAGAAUUUGGACAAGUGAAAGAAGUGAAGAAGAAGACCGGUGGAGGCAAGCGAUUUGCAUGGAAGCAAGUCUCCUUAGAAAAGGACCCUUACUGUGAGAAUGAGGUGCACUUGCUUGGCCAGUUGAAGCAUGAGGGCAUCGUCAGGAUCUACGACGCGUACUUUAGAGAUGGAGUUGUACUGGAUAUGGUGCUGGAGCUAUGCCCAAAGGGGAGCAUGAAGGAGUACAUUCAAUCAAACUACGAGAUGUUUCCGACCAGUUACCCCAACAAGGUCUACAUCCGACCAGACUGCAUUGACAUCCAAUCGGCCAUGAGACAGGUCUUGGAUGCGGUGAAGUUCCUUCAUGCGAACUGCGUGGCACAUCGGGAUAUCAAGCCUGGCAAUGUGCUUUUAGCCUCUGGUCAGCGCUGGAAGCUGGCGGAUUUCAAUCUCUCGACCAACUUCCAACCCGGUGGCUAUAUGGUGGACCAUGUUGGCACCAGGCCUUUCAAGGCUCCCGAAGUCCCAAACAAGUGCUACACGGAGAAGUGCGACAUCUAUAGCAUGGGAAUCCUGUUCAUCGCCCUAGUGACCGGGCGGAACUACUGGCGCCCGGAGGAUCGACCAGAGUCCGCAAGCGGAGACGGGUGGCUCAUGGCCCAAGCUGAGAUCUUGGAUGAGAAGGUCUCAUGGCACGGAAGAGAGUUCGGCGCCAAAGCACUGAGUUUCGCGAAGGCGAUGAUGCAAACACCGGAAAGUAACCGCUACAGUGCUGAAGAAGCCCUGGAAAAUGAGUGGUUAACCUCCGUAUCUGGACAUUCUUGUUGUGUGAUCAGCUGAUGGGUGCGCGAACCACAACCAAAUGCCAAUGUGUUGGACUCCCAAUCGGUGGGCACAUUGUCACAGAGAAUCCGUGAUUGGGACUCUUACCCAGCAUUUUUUUCCAAGCCCUUUUGCCGCUAGCCAUGAGUCGUGGUGGAACCACAAAUUCAUUGGGCGAUUGGGAGCGCUUUUAUGAAACCCUCAGCAUUUGCUCAGCUUCGGAGUUCUUGCAAUGUACAUGUUCGUCCGUCAGCAUCCACAUGUUCAAG